AUGGUGGAUAUUAUUUUCAGCUCUUCUUUCUUGGGUGAUAUGGGGGAUCAUUCCAAAAAGAAGCCAGGAAUCGCGAUGUGUGUAGGAUGUGGAAGUCAGAUCCAUGACCAGUACAUACUGAGAGUGUCUCCCGACAUGGAGUGGCACGCAGCCUGCCUGAAGUGCGCAGAGUGCAGCCAGUACCUGGACGAGUCCUCCACUUGUUUCGUCCGGGACGGCAAAACCUAUUGCAAAAGAGAUUAUGUAAGGCUGUUUGGAAUAAAAUGCGCAAAAUGCAACCUGGGAUUCAGCAGCAGCGAUUUGGUGAUGAGAGCAAGGGAUAACGUCUACCACAUCGAAUGUUUUCGCUGCUCGGUGUGCAGCAGGCAGCUGCUGCCGGGAGACGAGUUCUCCCUGCGGGAAGAGGAGCUGCUGUGCCGGGCUGACCACAGCCUGCUGCUGGAGAGGAACUCCGCUGGAAGCCCCCUCAGCCCCGGACACAUCCACUCCAACAGACCGCACCUAGCAGGGAAUUUCUUGUAUCAAAAAUCCACCAAAGAGGAGCAGGGGAGGUUGGACCGUAUGGCAAAGGGCCUAAGAGUUCUUAUUGUCAUUUCUACUAUUGACUUCUGA